AUGUUGUACAGUGCAAUUGCUACGAUAUCUCUCGGUCGGGCGUCGGCCGGCCACAGUCUGCCAACAAAGAUCCAACGAGCAGCAUCAGCAGGCUUUUCGGGUUUAGAAAUAUUCUACGAAUGUUUGGACUUUUUCGCCCGCGAAAUCGAAGGCCUUGACACUGAGCCGUCCCAUAAAGGAUUGCUUGAGGCUGCUCGACGUGUUCGCGCAAUAUGCGACAAUCUCCAGCUCGCGGUCGUUUGCCUGCAGCCUUUCAUGUUCUUUGAAGGUCUGGUAGACGUGAAGGAACGAGAAGAAAAGUUUGUGCUCUUGCAGUUCUGGUUCGAGCUUUGCAGAGAACUUGGCACCGACCUGAUCCAGAUACCCUCGAAUUUCCAAUCUCACGGCACAACGGGGGACAUGGAACGUGUUGUGACGGACUUGAGAACUGCCGCCCAGUCGGGCUUGGAACAAUCGCCACCUGUGCGAUUUGCCUACGAGGCAGUUUCCUGGGCAAAUUAUUACGACCUUUGGGAACAAAGCUGGGCCAUUACAAAACAAGUUAACAUGCCAAACUUCGGUCUUUGUCUCGAUGUGUUCCAUUUCGCGGGACGCGUGUGGGCGGAUCCUUCGGCAGCGUCAGGUGUGAACGAACAUUGUGAUGAACAGCUAAAUAGAUCUCUUGAGCAGCUUGUGCGAGAAGUGGAUCCAGUGAAGAUAUUUUACGUUCAAGUUGGAGAUGCUGAACGACUCGAAAGGCCAAUCGUUCCUGGUCAUCCCUUUUUCCAGGAGGGUGUAAAGCCGAGAAUGAGCUGGUCUAGAAAUGCCCGUCUUUUCGCGUUUGAAAGACACCUCCGUGGCUGUUUGCCUGUGGAGAAAGUCUGCCAGGCAAUCUUUGUGCGGCUGGCAUGGCAAGGCUGGGUCAGUAUGGAGAUGUUUCACAAAUCUUUGUAUGGGACGGAAAGCACUUUGGUGGACCAUAUGGCUGAGAGGGCGGAGGCUUCAUGGUCAAAUUUCAGACUCUUUGUCGAGUCGAGCAAGCCAUAA